AUGGAGGACUCUGAUGCGCCUGGUUAUGUCUAUGAAGAGGAGCAGUCAGAGAGUGAGAGGCUGAUGGAAGAAAGGAGGACCAAGAAGAGGAAUGAUCCUAGAAGUAGUGCGAGUGAAGAAGGAGAGUUUGAAAUUGGGGUAAAUAACCAAGGGGAAGAAAGUGAUGGUUCUCCAAGUGGAGAUGGUGAGGAAAACCAAGAUGAGCAGAUGGAGGAUGCUGAGGCAGAGCAAGAGGAGGAUGAGCUCCCUAUGUACCAAGAGCACUACAAUGCUCUCUUCUCCAUGGAUUUUGUGAGACCAAGUACCCACAUGAUGCUACAAUGA